CAAGCAUCAAGAGUUUGAAAAUCGGUGGUGGAGCAGCAGCAUCUCCUGCACAAAAGAGAGGACUUGGGACGUCACUCAUUUAACACCAAAAUACCUGCAGUGAUGCUGUGUGCGGAGGAGGGCGCGGAGCUGCAGUGCACGGUGGCGGUGGAGCAGCUGACCUCCUGCGGACAGACGGCCCGCAGACAGCUGAUCCGCAGGGCCGCCGUCCUCCUGGGCCGGAACGAGUUCCAGGAGAUCAUUCUCCGCCUGCACGACGGGAAGGUGACGCACAGCUACCGCAUGAAGGAGUUCAGACUCUUCACCAAGUUCGUCAGGGAGGGCAAGUGCACCGUGAAGCUGCUGCCUGAGAACAUCCAGCUGCUGCUGUCCAACUGCCCCCCGGACAGGCUGAGCCUGUUCCUGAAGACGCUGAGCAUCAAGCACCAGGCCUGGCAGGCCGGGAAACCCCUCAGCGACCGGGACAAGCUGAAGGCUGGCCUGCCCCGCAGCUUCGAGGCCAUCAGCCCCCUGCAGCACAAGGACAUCCAGAAGGUGAACGAGCUGCGGAGCAAGGCGGCCCCCCCGGGUCUGGCAGACCGCACCAACAAGCCUGCGGUGGGGACGCGGACGGGCCAGCAGGUCAAACGCUCCAGGAGCGACGCCAACUUCAGCCCUGUGAAGGCAAACCCCAAUAAGAAGCCCAUCCUGUCUCUACCUUCACGUAAGCUGAAUAAAGAGCAGGCUGCUGUCCUCAAGGCUGUGCUGGGCGGCAGGAGCGUCUUCUUCACUGGCAGUGCAGGCACAGGAAAGUCCUUCUUGCUGAAGAGGAUCAUGGGGUCUCUCCCACCAAAGAGCACCUUUGCAACAGCCAGCACCGGAGUGGCUGCCUGUCACAUUGGAGGAACAACUUUGCACAAUUUUGCUGGCAUCGGCUCGGGCUCUGCCCCUCUGGAGCAGUGCAUCGAGCUGGCCCAGCGGCCCGGCGUCCUGCAGCACUGGACCACCUGCAGACACCUCAUCAUCGACGAGGUUUCCAUGGUGGAGGCCCAGUUCUUUGACAAACUUGAAUCAGUGGCCCGAUCAGUCAGGAGGUCCACGCAGCCGUUUGGAGGCAUCCAGCUGAUCGUAUGUGGGGACUUCCUUCAACUUCCUCCAGUUUCUAAGGGAAAGGAGAAGGCCAGCUUCUGCUUCCAGGCCAGGAGUUGGCGGAAAGUCAUCCAGGUCAACAUGGAGCUGACUGAAGUGAGGAGGCAAACGGACCAGAACUUCAUCUCCCUCCUGCAGGCGGUGAGGGUGGGCAGGGUGACGGAGGAAAUCACGUCGAAGCUGAUGAAAAGUGCCUACCACGAGGUGGAGAGGGACGGCAUCGUAGCGACCAGGCUGUGCACGCACAAGACUGAUGUGGAGGUCACCAAUGAGGAGAGACUCCAGCAGCUCCCAGGAGCGGUGCGAGUGUUUGACGCGGUGGACAGCGACCCAGAGCUGCUGAAGACCAUAGAUACUCACAGUCCCGUUGGCAGAAAGAUCCAUCUAAAGGUUGGAGCUCAGGUCAUGCUGACAAAAAACCUGGAUGUAGCUCGAGGUCUGGUGAACGGCGCACGAGGAGUGGUUGUGGCUUUUCAGUCUGAAAAACACGGACUGCCACGCGUGCGCUUCCUGUGCGGCGUCACAGAAGUGCUGAAGCCGGAGCGCUGGGUCUUCAAGUCUGGUGGUGGGGGACACUUGAGUCGACAGCAGCUGCCGCUGAAGCUGGCCUGGGCCAUCUCCAUCCACAAGAGCCAGGGAAUGACCCUGGACUGUGUAGAGAUCUCUCUGGCGCGUGUGUUUGAAAGCGGUCAGGCGUAUGUGGCGCUGUCUCGGGCCCGGAGCUUAGAGGGUCUCAGGGUCAUGGACUUCGAUCCCCAUGUGGUGCGAGCAGAUCCAGAUGUUCUCGUCUUCUACAAGAAGCUGAGGAAGGAGAGGCUGCUCAUGCAGGCCUCCAUGGAGGAUUUUAUCAGCAACAAUGACGAUGCUUAAAGAGAAGGAUGCUUGAAGGGAGGGAUGCUUCAGCGUCGCUGCAAGUGGUAUGCACUAAGUGCAGGAGUUCUUGAGAUGGUUUGUUUCCUCACAACCACAUCAAGGUUUUGAUGCCAGCUGGACUGUUCAGUCAUGGACUGCUGGAAAUGUUUUUUUUUGU